AUGUCUAGACGCCUUUAUCUUGGCAGGCUACCUACCGAUGCCCGUUCGGAGGAUGUUUCCAAAUUUUUCGACGGUUAUGGCCGAAUCAUCGACUGUCGUGUCAUGACUGGUUUUGGGUUUGUUGAAUUCGAAAAUGCAAAGGACGCCGAGGAUGCUGUCCACAACUUCAACGGCAAACCCUUCAUGGGUGUCAAUAUUGUAGUCGAGUUCGCCAAGGAAAGUCGUCCUCGUCGAGAGGUUUACGAAGACAGAGGCGGUUAUGGAGCUCCCCGUGCCCGUAGGCCUCCUGGAAUCCGCCUGAUUGUAUCUGGAGUUUCCCGUGACACUAGCUGGCAGGACCUGAAAGACUUUGGUCGGGAUGCUGGCAGCGUCUCUUUCGCUGAUAUUGAUCGUGACAUUCCCGGACAAGGAGUACUUGAGUAUCUUUCUAGAGAGGAUGCUGAUCGUGCUCUCAAGGAACUUGAUGGCAAAGAACUUCGUGGACGCCCUGUUCGCGUCGCUCUUGACGACUCUCGUUCCGGACCUGAUAAUUAUCGUCGAGACGAUCGUCGUGAUGAUCGUCGCGAUGACCGAUACAGUAGGGAUGACCGUAAUGACAGAUAUCGCCGUGAUCGUUCAAGGUCGCCUCCCCGCCGUGGUGAAUACGAAGACCGUCGUUCCGCCAGGUCGCCCCCUUCCAGACGGGAGGCUGACGAUAAAAGACCUGCAGGGUACGAUGAUUACCGGCGCGGAGGUUAUGAUGACCGCAGAGGGCCUGAUUAUUAUUAUGACCGACGUAGGGAUGAUCAAGAUCGUCGUCGAGAUGACAGAAGACGCGACGACAAAGAAGAUCGAUACGACGACAGGCCAAGGCACGCGAAUGGUGAAGGAUGGUCUCGUUGA